GAGACAUUUUGUCUUCUAGGUAGUGGUGGAGCACACAACGCAAACCCUCCCUGGACCCCAGGCUAUAGCAGGGUAUCUAGGCUAUACUAGAAUAUACCCUCUACCGUUGGUGUUAUAUCUGCCUUGUGUCUUCUUCCUGCUCUGAGGGAGGGGAGAAGAAAAGGGAGGUGGGCUGCCAGCUGGUCUGUGACAGUCAGACAGAGAGAGAGACACAGCCGGAGGAGAGAAGACUGGAGGCUGUGGAAACAAGACGAGAGAGAGAGAGAGACAGAACCGGAGGAGAGGAGACUGGAGGCUGAGAAAACAAGAGGAGAGAGAGGAACUGGAAUUGGGAGAAAGACGAUUAACAGAGGAGGAGAACAGAGCAAACAAGCUUCUUCAACCGGACGGGGAAUUAAAGAGGUGUUGCUAUCCAUCUCCCAGGCCCUGUGUUUGGGCCCGUUUUGAGAGGCGAUCCGAGCAGGCUGGUCCCAGGCAGGAGGCACCAUCUCCCAGGCCUUGUGUUUGGGCUCGUUUUGAGAGGCGCUCCGAGCAGGCUGGUCCCAGGCAGGAGGCACCAUGUCCGGGGCCUCUGUGAAGGUGGCGGUGCGGGUUCGCCCCUUCAACUCCAGAGAGAUGGGGAAGGACAGCAAAUGCAUCAUCCAGAUGUCAGGAAACACAACCACCAUCCUCAACCCCAAGCAGCCCAAAGAGAACAAGAGCUUCAACUUUGAUUACUCGUACUGGUCACAUACCUCGCCCGAGGACAUCAACUUUGCUGGCCAGCAGCAGGUGUACAAGGACAUUGGUGAGGAGAUGCUGCUCCAUGCCUUCGAGGGAUACAACGUCUGUAUCUUUGCCUAUGGCCAGACCGGAUCUGGGAAGUCCUACACCAUGAUGGGCAAGCCGGACUUGAAGGACCAGGAAGGAAUUAUCCCUCUGAUGUGUGAAGACCUCUUCACCAAGUUCAACGACAGUAAUAACGACAAUAGCAAGUCGUACUCUGUGGAGGUGAGCUACAUGGAGAUCUACUGUGAGCGUGUGCGUGACCUCCUGAACCCUAAGAACAAGGGGAACCUGCGUGUGAGGGAACACCCUCUGAUGGGGCCCUACGUAGAGGACCUGUCCAAGCUGGCCGUCACCUCCUACAACGACAUCCAGGACCUCAUGGACUCUGGAAACAAGGCCAGGACGGUUGCCGCCACCAACAUGAACGAGACUAGCAGUCGCUCCCACGCUGUGUUCAACAUCAUCUUCACUCAGAAACGGCACGAUGCUGAGACUGAUAACACCUCUGAGAAGGUCAGCAAAAUCAGCCUGGUGGAUUUGGCCGGCAGCGAGAGGGCCGACUCCACAGGCGCCAAAGGGACCCGGCUCAAGGAAGGAGCAAACAUCAACAAAUCUCUGACCACUCUGGGGAAAGUCAUCUCUGCCUUGGCCGAAGUGGAUUCUGCACAAAAUAAGAACAAGAAGAAAAAGAAAGUGGAGAGUCACAUCCCUUACAGAGAUUCUGUGUUGACCUGGCUACUGAGAGAGAACUUAGGGGGAAACUCUCGAACUGCCAUGGUUGCUGCUCUCAGUCCAGCUGACAUCAACUAUGACGAGACUCUCAGCACACUCAGGUAUGCAGAUAGAGCCAAACAGAUCCGCUGUAACGCUGUCAUCAAUGAGGACCCUAACAACCGAUUGGUCCGUGAGCUGAAAGAGGAAGUGUGUCGCCUGAGAGACCUCCUCCUAUCCCAGGGACUGGGAGACAUCCUCGAAAUGACCAAUGCCAUGACGGGGAUGAGCCCCUCCCCCUCUUUGUCCGCCCUGUCCAGUCGAGCCGGAUCUAUCGCCAGCCUCCACGACCGCAUCAUGAUCAGCCCUGGCAGCGAGCAGGCCAUCGAGAGACUCAAGGAAACAGAGAAAAUCAUUGCAGAGCUCAAUGAGACCUGGGAGGAGAAACUUCGCAGAACAGAAGCCAUCAGAAUGGAAAGAGAGGCCCUGCUGGCUGAGAUGGGUGUGGCCAUGAGGGAAGAUGGAGGAACUGUGGGCGUGUUCUCCCCCAAGAAGACUCCUCACCUGGUGAACCUUAACGAGGACCUGAUGUCAGAGUGUCUGCUGUACUACAUUAAAGAUGGCAUCACCAGGGUCGGUCGCGUGGACGCCAGCAGCAGACAGGACAUUGUGCUCAGUGGUCACUUCAUCAAGGACGAACACGGUACCUUCACGUCUACCACGGGACCCAUGGGAGAAACGGUCACUCUGGAGCCCUGUGAGGGAGCUGAGACCUACGUCAACGGGAAGAGGGUCACAGAGGCUACAGUCCUCAAAUCAGGGAACCGCAUUAUCCUGGGUAAGAGCCAUGUGUUCCGGUUCAACCACCCAGAGCAGGCGCGCCAGGAGCGGGAGAGGACGCCCUGCGCUGAGACCCCUGUGGAGCCGAUGGACUGGGCCUUCGCACAGAGAGAACUGUUGGACAAACAGGGCAUCGACAUGAAGCAGGAGAUGGACCAGAGGCUUCAGGAGUUGGAAGACCAGUAUCGUAAAGAGAGGGAGGAAACCCAUAUCCUGCUAGAGCAGCAGAGGCUGGAUUAUGAGAGCAAGCUGGAAGCCCUUCAGAAACAGGUGGACCGUUAUUACCCUGAGGUAAUAGGAGAGGAAGAGGAGGAGCCUGAGGAGGAAGUUCUGUGGACAGAGAGGGAGACGGAGCUGGCCCUGUGGGGUUUCAGGAAGUGGUGCUGUUACCAGUUCACUUCCCUCAGAGACCAGCUGUGGGGAAACGCCAUCUUCCUCAAGGAGGCUAACGCCAUCAGCGUGGAACUCAAGAAGAAGGUCCAGUUCCAGUUUGUGCUGCUGACCGACACCCUGUACUCCCCCCUGCCCACUGACCUGCUGCCCCCUGAGGCAGCCAAGGACAGAGUGACCCGCCCGUUCCCCAGGACCAUCGUAGCUGUGGAGGUUCAGGACCAGAAGAAUGGGGCCACCCACUGCUGGACCCUGGAGAAGCUCAGGCAGCGUCUGGACCUGAUGAGAGAGAUGUAUGACAGAGCAGCGGAGGUUCCCAGCAGCACCAUAGAAGACUGUGAGAACGUCAUGACUGGAGGAGACCCCUUCUACGACCGCUUCCCCUGGUUCCGUCUGGUCGGCAGCAACCCCCUUUUCAACGCGUGCAUGAGCGAGCGCAUGAGUGAUCCCACUCCCUCCCCCACUCCUUCCACCACCCUCUCCACCUCCGAGCAAACGGAGCUGGCCGACGCUCGUCCGGAGGGACGAGGAAGGGAGGAGGAUGAGUUGGAUGCUUUGCAGGAUCUGAACGAUGAUAUAUUUUUGGACGAUCCGUGCUCGGAGCUCGGGGAUGAUGAUGAUGAUGAUGAGGGAGAGCCGUGCCGAGGCGGCUCCAGCGAAGGCCUGGAUCCCUUUUAUGACCGCUCUCCGUUAUUCAGUGUAGUGGGAAGAGCCUUUGUGUACCUGAGUAACCUGCUGUACCCUGUGUCCCUGGUCCAUCGCGUGGCCAUCGUCAGUGAGAAGGGAGAGGUUAAAGGAUUCCUCAGGGUGGCUGUACAGGCUAUCUCAGCCGAUGAGGAGGCUCCUGACUACGGAUCCGGUGUCCGUCAGUCUGGCACCGCCAAGAUCUCCUUCGAGGACCGGGAGUUUGAGAAGUUCCAGGCUGAGUCGUGCCCCGCCGGUCUGUCCCGUACUGGGGCGUCCCAGGAGGAGCUGCGUUUCGUGGAGGGGGAGGGACAGAACUCAGAGACGGGACCCUCAGCCGAUGAAGUCAACAACAAUACAUCCGGUCCAGAUGACUUGGAGAGCCCCCCGAAGACCAACCUGGAGGGAGGAGCUCUGGACGGAACCCUGGAACACCUGAGGAUAGGUAACAUCCUCACCUUCAGAGUGACGGUCCUCCAGGCCUUCAGCAUCUCAGCAGAGUACGCUGACAUCUUCUGCCAGUUCAAUUUCAUCCACCGCCACGAUGAGGCCUUUUCCACAGAGCCUCUGAAGAACACAGGGCGAGGUCCUCCUCUGGGCUUCUACCACGUACAAAACAUUGCUGUAGAGGUCACCAAAUCCUUUGUGGACUACGUCAAGACCCAGCCUGUGGUGUUUGAGGUGUUUGGUCACUACCAGAAACAGCCUGUCUGCAAGGACCUCAUCAGCCCCCUGCGUCCCAACAGAAGGCAGUUCCCUCCAGUCAUGCCCCUGUCCAAACCAGCAGACGAUGCCACUCCCCCCGACCUGGAGAAGACCCUGGAGCUGAUUCGCUACCUGGUCCCAGAGGUGUUCAAUGGGGCGCUGGUGGACUCUCUGUCAGGCCACGCCCUGUCCGCCGCCGGAUUGGCCGCCUCCUUUCUCCUGGAGGGGGAGGAACCACCCAGUCUGCCAGCCCCACCCCUCUCUAUAUGCUCUGUUAUCAGAUCCCAGAAACCGGUCCCUGCCACCAAGCUGACUGCCCUGAUGCGCCCUACAGCCGGGCCCUGCCACUGCAAGUAUGACCUCAUGGUGUUCUUCGAGAUCUGUGAGCUGGAGGCCAGUGGAGACUACGUCCCAGCAGGAGUAGACCAUAGAGGAGGCAUGCCUUGCCAUGGGACGUUCAUGCUGCACCAGGGUAUUCAGAGGAGAAUAACUGUGACAAUCGUUCAUGAGACAGGUGAAGACAUCGUGUGGAAAGAUGUCCAGGAGCUGGUUGUGGGGCGUAUAAGUAACUCUCCCGAGGGGGACGAUACCAUCAUAGACCCCAACAUCCUCUCUCUCAACAUUCUGUCAGCUGGGUAUGUCAGACCCAUGCAAGACGACAGACAGUUUCUUGAUUCGGACAUGCCUAGGACAUUCUAUCGCUUCGAGGCUGCCUGGGACAGUGCCAUGCAUAACACCCUCCUCCUGAACCGGGUCACUCCUUACGGAGAGAAGAUCUACAUGACCUUGUCGGCCUACCUAGAGAUGGAGAACUGCACUCAGCCCACAGUCAUAACCAAAGAUUUCUGCAUGGUGUUCUACUCUCGAGACGUUAAACUCCCGACCUCCCGCUCCAUCCGAAACCUGUUUGGCACUGGAAGCCUGAGGACAACAACAGAGGGUAACCGAGUGACAGGUGUGUACGAGGUCAGCUUGUGUCACCUGGCGGAUCAUGGGAGCCCAGGAAUGCAGAGGAGACGUCGGCGGGUGCUGGACACCUCGGUGGCGUACGUCCGAGGGGAGGAGAACCUGGCUGGGUGGAGGCCACGCAGUGACAGCCUCAUCCUGGACCACCAGUGGGAACUGGAGAAACUCAGCCUCCUGCAGGAGGUGGAGAAGACGAGACACUACCUGCUCCUGAGGGAGAAGCUAGAGUCCACCCUGCUGCUGGGUCAGGAAGAGUUGCUAUCCUGUGUGUCUGUGGAGCAGAGUGAGUCCCCUCAGCCUUCCGAGGGCCACGCCCAGGACCUCAGUCUCAGCCCCACAGCUGACGCCCCCAACGAGAGGCAGAGGGAGCUAGUCGCUAAGUGUCUACGGCUGCUCGCCCACUCCUUCAACAGAGAGUACAGCCACGUGUGUGUCAGCGCCAGUGAAAGCAAGCUGUCUGAAAUGUCAGUGACUCUGCUGAGGGAGUCAACCUCUGCCACGGCCCUCAACACCCUCACCCCCUCCUCGACGUGCCCGUCAUUGGUGGAGGGAUGCUACCCCAAGACUGAAACACUCAGAGCCACCAAGCUUCGCUCCUGCUGUGCCAGCCCCAACCUUGACUGCACACAGCGGGAUGGAGAGGUGAAGAAGUCCCCUGGUGGGGUUGCCGCCCCGGAGGUUAAACCCAGGACGCGCCGUUUUGUACCAGACAUCCAAGAGAUCCGGGUCAGCCCCAUUGUGUCAAAGAAGGGCUACCUGCAUUUCCUGGAGCCUCAUACCAACGGCUGGGUGAGGCGCUAUGUGGUGGUGAGACGUCCGUACGUCUAUAUCUACAAUACAGAGAGAGACAGCGUGGAGAGAGCCAUCCUUAACCUCUCCUCUGCCCAUGUCAAGUACAGCGAGGACCAGCAGGCCAUGCUCAAGACUCCAAACACGUUUGCUGUGUGUACUGAGCACCGCGGUAUACUGCUCCAAGCCAGCAACGACAAGGAGAUGCACGACUGGCUCUAUGCUUUUAACCCUCUCCUGGCUGGAUCCAUCAGAUCAAAGCUCUCCAGAAGGAGAGGAAGGAUGUGAAACAAACAAUCGAACAACAACACGUCUUAUAAAGAAGAUAGAAAACAUUAGAACGCAAAGAGACUAACCUGUACAUAAAUCCCUGAUUACUCCUAUGCUUAUCACACCGCCCCGCCUUCCAUCCUACACUAGUAACCUGCUCUUCUUCCUUCUGCACACGCUCACUUUAUCACAAGCUGACCACCUGUGUAUCUGAGGCCUCCAUCAUCGUUGUGUGUCUGUUAGGCCUGUACUGCUGUCUGUCUGUGUAGGCUUUAUCAUCUGGUUAACCCCUCUCCAAGGCUGUGACCCAAAUGGCACCCUAUUCCCUAUACAGUGCACUAGUUUUGGCCCAAAUGGCACCCUAUUCCCUAUAUAGGGAAUAGGGUACCAUAUGGGUCAAAACUAGUGCACUGUAUAGGGAAUAGGGUACCAUAUGGGUCAAAACUAGUGCACUAUAUAGGGAAUAUGGUACCAUAUGGGUCAAAACUAGUGCACUGAAUAGGGUACCAUAUGGGUCAAAACUAGUGCCCUAUAUAGGGAAUAGGGUACCAUAUGGGUCAAAACUAGUGCCCUAUAUAGGGAAUAGGGUGCCAUAUGGGAUGCUUCCUGAACCUCGUCCUUCCCUUUCGGAGCUGGUGGAACAGAGUAAUGGGUAGUCAUCUACCAGUUCCUUAUUUUAUCGACUUACAUUGUGAUGUACUCUGUAUGGUAGUCAGCAGUAACACGUCAAUUAUUAAACAACACACAUUUAUUUCCUUUGAGAAAAAUAAAAUAAAAUAAAAUCAGGAGUGUUGCCAGUAAAUGGUUCUGUCUGAAACAGCGCUGUUCACAUCACUACAUUACUGCACCUCAGCUUACCUUAAGGGGACGAGAAACAGAGAUGGAAGUAUUACCAUGGAAAUAAGACUACUGUUGACUCCAGAUAUGUGGUCUUGGUUAUAUUGCUGCUCUUAUUGUUACUCAUACAAUGUUAAAAAAACAACAACAACAGGUUCGUAUUCAUAGUAAACACAUUUUCACCAAA